UCGGUUGCCAAGCACCGCACAGAGACCGGAAGAGACCGAAGUUAUCAUGUAUUUUAAGCAUCCUGACAGGUUUUUAGCCCCAACUCUCUUAGUAUGAUCUGCUUUAAUAUAACUCAUAUGCUCUCAACAGUCCUUUCAACGUUUGGAAAGCGUCUGUUUAAAACUAUUAAACGUCCAUUGACCGAAAUUUAUACAUUAACUUCAAUAGGUCAGAAAUGGCUCGAUACAAGUACCGAGUAAAACGCAGUCGUGACAGUGGAUUCCCCAACAAACGAGAUACACCUGUGAAACCAGCAUUGACAAAGAGAUACGAUUGCAGGAAAUUUCUGGCCAUCAGGCAUCAUGAAGCAAUUAGAGAGGAACCUGAGUUGGAAGUGACAAAUGUUCCCACUGUCAGGCCAACUAACCCAGCCUUGACUAGCAAGGCUGUGUGCUGCAAUUCAGUGUCAGGUCACCCAUCAAAUUUGAAGGUACCUGAUCAUGUGGCUUUAAAGUAUAUUGCAACACCAGUUCAAGAAAACUUGGCAGUGACUCCUGACAGCAUCACAUCCUCUGGCCUGGAGUCAUCCUCAACGUUCAGCUCUGGUGAUGAUGAGGAAGACUAUUACUCCUCUGCUGCUUCUUCUUCUUCCAGCAGCCUUCCCUCCCCAGAGAUCUUCAGGAAAGAGAGCUACGUGAAGGAAUUGAUUUUUCCUGUUACCGAGGAUCUUCUGGGUCUACGCCCUUACAUAAAAAACUCCACCUUACUGGAUGUGAGCCAUGCUGAAAGCAUUCACAUGCACCAGCCCCCCAACCUGUCCAACAUCAUCGAUGUCUCUUUGAUUCUUGCUGAAAAGAACAGUGAGAUCAACCAACCUGGUGGAGCUGAGGCUAAAACCAAAUUACAUACAGACCCAUUUAAAUCAGCUCAAGCCUCCAAAAGUAAGACCCCACCAAAACUAACAAACAGAAGGCCCAUUUUGUACAAGAAGAAGGUGUGGUUCAAAAGUCCAAUCAUCUCUGAGACCUUGGAAGAGAAACACAUACUUGCUAACAAAUUAACCCCUCACUACACCACUGAACCAGUUGGAACAGCAUUCCUGACUGAAAAGAAUAAGCCUGAUGCAGACACAUCGAGUACAGGUAAGAGUAGUUUCAAAGAGGAGACAGAGGGUCUGAUGGUGUCACUGAAAAGGCCUCCAGAAAGUAGCUCUAAGACAGCCGAGUUCUUUGACUUUGGCAAUGACAGUGAGAAGGAUGCAUUCUUUCAAAGUAUGAAAGAGAGGACUAUCAGACUCGUGAGUGUACCUUUAUUUCCUCUUCAAGCUAAGCCCAAAAAAUCUUAUGCCAAAUAAUGUGUGUAUAGACUUGAGCUUUCUGCCACAAUCUAAAUGGAAGUGGUAUGUAUGUUUAAAUAUUGUGUAACAGUGGUAUAAUACUGUUUAAAGGUCGACAUGGAAAAUGAAUUGUGAGGCUAAAUUCACUCUUUAUUUUAAGAGGCUAAUUUGAAAGGAUUCCACACAUUACCCUUUAUGUAGACACCUGAGAAUACUCAUCACAGUAACUGACCAUGCAACCUUGAACAAACUUGUGUAUGUGCUUUUUUGUUACAAAAUGUAUUUUUUGAAACCAUCUGCACCCGAAAAAUAACUGUUUAAUGUACUAUUCCAUACACUUUACAAACUAAAAUAGCCCUUUGUUUCUUUUUAGUCAGCAUAAAUGUUAUUAAACAGGUGUCUGCAGCAAUAUGACCACUAGAUGUCAGUACUGCAUUGUCUUCCUAUCUUCUCUGUUCAUAGAAAAAAAACAUUUUCAUGUAGGCCAAUGUAAAGUGUAUUAGUUGUUUGUGAAUAUUUGUGAUUUUGUUUGUUUGGUCUUUUUGGUUAUAUGUAAAUGCUAUGAAAAGUGUAAGGGAAAUGUUAACGAUAAAUGUAUAGAGUAAAUAUUAGCUUAUUUUGUUUGUUACUUUUUUGUUUUUUUACAUUUGUGAGUUUGUGUAUUUUUAAAUAAUUAGAAAUAUUUUAGCAACAGAAAGAAGUGUCCAACAUGAAAACAUUUACAAUAAUAAUAAUAAAAA